CUAUAUCACUUUCCUCUCUUAUUUAUUGUUCAUAGCCCAUCAUCAAGCCAGACACCAAAAAAACUCAAUCUACACAACCAAACGAGCUUGAAAAAUGUUAGAAGUCAGUAGCAUCAAUGAACUGAUUGUGAGCAUUGAUCAAAUGCUCCCUGAAUUUUGCGACAAAGCCUCAACUCCAUCCAUCCACAGAGUCAACGACUGUCUACGCAACACGAAUGAGAAGGCGUAUGAUCCAAUGAUCAUCUCCAUAGGGCCGUUGCACCAAGGAAAACCUCACCUCAAAGCCAUGGAGCAACACAAAAUGAGGUACCUCAAGCAGCUGCUUGUAAACUCUAGUAUUUUUUGUACCUACUUUAACACCAUAAGGAAUAUGGAACAAACUGCAAGAGAUUUCUACUCAGACGAGAUUGAGCUCGAUACAAACCAGUUUGUAAAAAUGCUACUUCUUGAUGGAAUCUUCAUCAUUGAGUUCCUCCGCGAGUACAAACUUGUGGAUGGAGGAGGGAGAGUACAGAGAGACGGAAAUCCAAUCUUUGGUUUCGAAUAUGUUGUGAGUCAUCUCCUUCGUGAUCUAAUGCUGUUCGAGAAUCAAAUCCCUAUGUUCGUAGUUGAAGCCCUCUUCCAACUCUCCAAUCAUGAUAAUACAAAGUUCAAAGAUCUAAUCUGGCCCUUGACAAAAUGUAGUAAAGAAUAUGUAGCAAGUGCAUUAUUUCCUAAUGAUGCUAGGCAUCUCCUUGGCCUAGUUCAUACUGUCAAUUGUUUUUCCUUUGCUCAACUACCCUCGCAUAGUAAUCAUGCGAAACAUUGUGAGAAGAAGAACAUAAACUCUGUCACGGAUCUUAAAGAAGCCGGUAUAGUCUUCAAGAAGCCUGAGGUUGAGGGGAAAGAUUAUAGUUGGUUGGAUAUCACAUUCGAGAAUAGGACACUUUACAUUCCUGAGUUAGUGAUUUCAGAUGAGAUGGAGUCGUUGUUUAAAAAUAUGAUUGCAUAUGAAUUCUAUCUCCCGAGGAGUAGCCCCAAGUACGUAAGUGACUACGCGUAUUUCCUGCACUGCCUGGUGAGCAGCACAAAGGAUGCAGAGGUGCUGCGACGGUGUGGGGUGAUCAGCAACUGGUUGGGCGGGGAUGCUAGAGUUUAUGAGGUGAUAGUCAAAUUGGGGACACAUGCGUUUAAAUCUAGGCGUUUUUCGUAUGAGGGUGUUUUCGGUAGCAUAAACGAGCACUGUGGGAGAAAGUGGAACAAGUGGAUCGCGGUGUUGCGGCGCCACCACUUCAAUAAUCCAUGGACUGUCCUUUCCUUGUUUGCAGCUGCAGUUUUGCUCACGGUUAGCAUAGUGCAGAUGGUGUUUGCUGUUCUCUCCUUUUAUAAGGAAACUUAGUUUUCAUUUCA